CCUCCCCCAAAAAAUCACGCCACGUGUCUCAAUCUCAGUCCUUAAACUGGUCUACUUUCCUCUCUCCCUUUCUCUCCUCACUCUCACUCAACAACCACGCUGAAGAGGCAGAGAAGGGAUGGUGGAGAUCGACGCAUCGCUCGACGUCAGCCGCCCGAUCGAGAUCGAGCGCAAGGAUCGCAGGACUCUGUACGGAGCCCUACGUGGCUUCGUCGCCGGGGUCUUCUCCUCCGACGGCGGCGAUUCCCCCCCGCCGCCGGUGCUGAAGAGGGUGAAGAGAUCGUUUGAAGAGCAGGCGCCUUACCUUCGAGAAGCUUCUAGAAACUCCGCCAAUGAUUUACUUCGGUGGACUCGAGAGGGGAGUCCACUUCGUGCUCUGUUUGUUAUCUCGGUUGGGACGAUUGCGCUUUUGGCUUUGACAGGAUUGCUGGUUUUUACUGUGUUCUUUUUGAUAGCAACACUCAAUGCUAUCAUCAUCUCUGCUUUGAUGUCCUUGGCAGCUGCUGGAGGAUUUUUAGCACUUUUCUUUGCAUGCUUAACAGCAAUCUAUAUUGCAGCGUUAUCAGUCGCGAUAUUUACCAUUUCUGUCACAACUAUCUCUGCGACCAUUGCUGUAAUAGUAGCUACUGGGUGGGUGGGAUUCUUUUGGGUAGUUUGGUUUGCUGCCAAGAAAAGCAUGGACCUCACCAAGCAAUCGCUGAGCAUAACAAGUUCUGCACUAUCAGCAUAUUCUUCUUCUCGUCGAUCCCAUCAAGAUGCAUCCUUGAAAUCUUCUGUGGGCGAAUCUAAUUAGCCGAAGCUUCUGCUUAUUGUAUCUUCGGCUCUUUAGAAAUGCAUCUCUCCCCUCCACUUUGUUCUUUUUAUGUACAUUAAAUGGAAAAGACAUGUUGCUGUUUGGUGGAACUUCGGUUGUUAUAUGUAUCCUGUAAAAGGACAUCCAGUUCAGUGUAGCAUUUUCCUUUUGUAUAUCCUGAUGAAUAAGAACGCAUGUAAAAUUGCAGAAUGAGAGCGUGAAAAGUCCAGUCACUAGUAUAUCGACUGCAAUUCUCCAUUGGAUGUGUACGAGGGCCAUUUUGCACUUACUACUUGCUUUGUGUUGACAGGAAAAUUCUCA